UUUAUUCUACGGGCCCUGAUUGUUUAAUUAAAAUUGGAAAAGAAACCAUAAACGUUCAUCGAUGCAUUUUGGCACAAAAUAGUAAAGUAUUCCUUAGAAUGUUUGAACAAAAGGAUAUGACUGAAGCACAAAAUGGUGAAAUAAAAAUUGUUGAUUCUUCUCCCGAAUGUUUUCGUGCCAUGAUUGAAUAUUUCUACAAUGGUGAAAUUGCAGAAAAUACUUUUGAAAAACUUGUCGAUGAUUUGUUUGUUAUUUCUCACAAAUAUGAAGUUUUAAAAUUGAUGGAUAAAUGUGAAAAUUUUAUGGCCUUAAAUAUUGAUAAUGGUAAUUUUAGCAAACGUUGCCAUUAUGCCGAAUUGUAUAAUCUUUCGUUACUCAAAAAUUCCUGUAUUAAAUACAUUUCUGUUAAGCGAGACAGCUUUUUAGUUAGUAAUGAAUGGAAGGAAUUAAAGAAAAUAAAAGUGCAUUGGCUGUUAACUUGCUUGAAUCAGCUUUGA